AUGUCACUAGCAAAGCAGUCACAAACGUGGUUCCCAACUCAUGUCCAAGCCACUGUUCUCCAAGCAACUGACCUACAAGCUAAGGGUAAGCAUGGCACCAACGACGCCUACGCUAUCAUCCAGCUGGGCAAAGAGAAGUACUCAACAUCUGUGGCAGAGAAAACACUCAACCCAGUGUGGAGAGAAGAAGCCUCCUUUGAACUGCCUGGUCUGCUUCUGGAGGGAAAUCCAGAAAUCUACGAACUAUGCCUUAUUGUGAUGCACAGGUCCCUGGUGGGGAUGGAUAAAUUCCUGGGCCAGAGUACCAUCAAUCUCAAUGAGAUUUUUGAUAACAAAGAGCGAAGGAAAACUGAGUAAGUAUCACCAACUAAUCAAACUAAAGAAUAUUUUUCCCUUUCAAGGAAGUUUCAGAACAAAAGUACACCUGGUGUCCGCGGGUCCUUAAGUCUUAAUCUUAAAUGAAUUUAUCUGAUUUAAGUCUUAAAAUGUCUUAAAUUAUGUUUCAAAAGUCUUAAAUGCGACAUAACUGACUACAGUGUUUCUGUUAUAUUGUGCCGCUGCUUAAUUGUUGCCACCGCGGUAAAAAAGAAAAACAAUUGAACAUCAAAUAAUACUUGAGGUGCACUUUCAAGAUGUUAGAGCUAUCUACCUCUGUGCACCAUUUUAGAUGAGCUAGCUAACUUUUUUUAUGUCUUACUUGGCACUGCAAAAUGUCAGUCUAGGCAUGGAAACCGUAAAUUACUUGGUAAUAGGAAAUACAUUUAUUUCCAUGACAGAAUUAAAAAGCAAUUUUGGACUGACCAAUGUAGAUAUUUUCCAAUACAUUCAACUUAAAAGCUUCAUAUCACGAAAUUACGAUUUGGUUAUGGUAUUGAGUAUCAUUAUAGCUAGUAUUGGUAUCGAAGCCAAAAUUCUAAAUGCUUAGAGUUUGUGAUCUAGCUAAUGAUUAUCCCAUUGGGGUAGCCUAAACAAAUGCAGAUGGGCAACCCCAUGCUUCAGUCAUCUAUAGCCUAGCCACUAUGCUACUAUAUCCGUUAGGCUACAGGAGAAUGCACGUUGCUAAAAUAGCACACCUGCCUGAUAAUAUGAGCAUUGUAGGUUAUAACCUUUGGUGAAGGAGCCAGCCCUGAAAAUACUACUUUUUCCCAACAUGGGGUCAUUUCUGGAGGGAAAUAUUAGCAGGUGUGUGGCGUGCGCAGACCUCAAAAUUGGCAUUAAAUUGCAUUCCAAGUGGCAUUAAAGGUCUUAAAUUAAAUGUAAUCGAACGUGCAGAUACCCUGAGUACAGUACAACUUUAUAACUGUUAAAUAGGAAAUGUGUCUUCUGCUCUGCUCUCCACACGCACAAACACACAGACCACAAAGCUUCCCUAGUCACAUUGAACAAUGCUAGGCCUUUGGUUUCUUAGUUCUGUAUUUUGAUGUUUCAGGAACAGCAAAGAGUAGGAAGGAGGGUGGAUUUACGGAACUAUCUUGUUCAUGUCAUGUGGCUAACCUGCAGAAAUACCAUGGAACAUGUUCAUAUUUCAGAUUAUGAUUCAGAGAGUAGGGUAGACUAGCCUAAAUCACCUGAUGGUUUGGAAAAAAUUGUUACACACAGAGAGCAUGUGGUCUGGUGGGGUCAUGUCUUGAGUUCUGACCCUAAUCACCAUGGUGUCGCUGUGGUCAGCUUUCCACACGUUUUCAUGCGGGCAUAAUUGUAUGAAUAAAGAUUCUUAUAUUCAAAACCACCUCCAUUUCUCCACUUUAGGCUAGGCCCAAAGUUUGGGCCCCAAACAGAAGUUGCCAGUACAUCUGUCUUGUUGUGACAUAGGUUACGCCAUUGUGUUCGUUGAAAGAUGUGUAAUUGAGUUGACUUGGGUGUAGUCUUUGUCGUUGGUGAACUAGUCCAGCGAGAACAGCAGUGAACAGGCUAUCAGAUUAUUUCUGGGUCUUGUCACAGCAGAGGUGCUAAUACAGCAAACUGUUCCACCUCAAUUCCAGUAAUCACACAAUUAACAAAUGGCCAUACUGUCCUUGCUUAUUCUUGCCUUAUACAGGAAUUGAGAUGGUAAACUGGCAUUUACUGACAUGGCAUCGGCAGAAUAUUGUGGUGUGUUCCUUUGGGUAUUAGCCAAUGCUAACUGAAUGUGGUGGAGCUGGCCAGACAUGUCUUGUUACUAAUUCUGAUUCGAAUUAUAAUCGUUUUUCCAGUGGUGUGAAUGUAUGGAGAAAACCACUACACCAGCUCCACCCAAUCCAGGGCGCUACAUAAAGUUAUUUUGGCUGUGUAGAAUUACCAUUGCACAACGUGUUGUAGUUAGCUAGGCCUACAUGAUGAGUAGCCUAAGCCUACAUUCUGCUCCGAGGAACAGGAACAUAGUUAGGAGGAUCUGGUGUCAAUUAGCCAUCAGUACAUUUCAUCAUGCAAACACAUUACCACACUUCCUCUUUACCCGCUAGUUGGGGAGGAUUGCGAUAUGUCAUCAUCAACUGUUGAUGGUUGUAUUUAUUUAAGGUGCCAGAGCUGAUGCACCUCCAGGGUUUGCAGUUAUUCAAGUCCAGAGCUGAUGUGGAGAUGUCAAUGUACUGGAAUUUAGUCAUCCACACAACUGACUCGCAUAGAAUGAGCCAGAGGCCUAAGGCUACUCUUGUGCUACCAUAUACUAGAGCAGUUCCAGUUUGCUAGCCAGCUGUGUACAUUCGCUGUGUUUUCAAGCAGACACAUGGGGAGGAGAGUCCAUCUUGACAUCGGAGUAGGCAGACCCUAAUUAUCGCACACCUGUGUUUGUUGAUUGUGAGGAGUUUCCCAGCGGUCUGGGUAGAGUGGGAGUAUUGUGGUUCCAGGCAGAGGGAGGUUUAUCUUGGCCUUGACACCCAUGUGAAGUACAGGGCUGGCCCCCUCUCAGCAGCAUGCUGUGUGGCUCCUAGAUCAUGCUUCAGAGGACAGAGCCCACUACUAUGGGAAUUAGGCUGGCUAGACCAAGAGAGGCCCAUGCCACGGCGGUUCUUUGGCCACUCAGUCCGAGCACAGUUUAGGGCCAAAAAUAUCAUCCCUGUCCACGUUCUGUCCACUUUUCCCAUGACAGAAGUAGACUAAAGCUUGAACAGACAGAGGUUGUGCUCGUUGAGGAAUUGUGGAAUUUGCCAGAACACCUAUGCUGUUUGAGAGGUGGUUUAAAUGUUGACUUUGUAUUUUGAGUGAGGUUUGUUCCUAGUUCUACAGUUCUGCAAUCAACAAACCCUUGGUUUGUAUAAGCUAGGCCUAGGCUAUGGAGAAGCCAUCACUCUCAUUAGCAUGUAUGAGUUGCAUGGUUGUCCUGCACCAUUGCCUUUAGAAUUUCCCAAUUGCUUGUCAUAGCAGUUCUGAACAAAGGUCAGAUUUGUGCAAAUGUCACCCCUUUUUCUCACAGCAAAGGCAUCAAUCGUAUUACUUCCAGCAGGCGAAGCAAAGAGGUUAAACAAACAGGAGCAGAAUGGCCUCGACGAACCAUAUUAUUCAACAUUCUUUUCGAGAUUACAGUUUGCAGGGAAUUAUGUUUAUCCCUCGUAUAAUAUGCAUUCUCAGGGAGGCGAAAAGCUUCAAAUUACGUGGCCUGUGGAUUUAUUUGGAGUGAAAUUGGUGAGUUCCACCGCAGACAUUUUACCCUAGUCAUUUAUUGAAUACAUAAGGGUUGUUGCUGUUCCACAGGGAAACGUGUCAGACACUGAGACAGUUUUUGGUCUCCACUCUACUAAUUUUUUCAAAAUGAAGCAGCUCAACUCCGUUAUGUACUCUCAGAUUUCUGUAUUGUACCUUUUAAUGAUAGUUUUCACCUCCAAAUGGAUGCAGCAUAUCACCUUGAUGAAAAUAUGGCAAAGCCUAGAAUUUAGAUGCAUUAAAUAAUAGGCCUAUAUUUUCUACCGAUUUUUAAACCACUUACACCAAUAUUGGAAAACAUGUUUAAAAUGUAUUCAUUUAAAAAAGGAUGGAUACGUAUCCACCACUGUUGCCAUGACAAACCUAAAUUAAUUCAGAAUAAAAAUGUUGCUUUGUUUUAGCACCCAACAAUGGCACCUGAUGUUUUCUUUGAAUCUUAUAUUCCUGUAUUCAUUUUAAUGUGCCACAUACACAAUUUACAGAUGGCUAAUAAUUAUCCGUCUUCCCUUCUUUCAGCUGGUACUCCUUGGACUCCAGGCCAGGGAAGAAGAGGAAGGAGAGAGGGAAGAUCCAGGUCGGCAUCCAGUUCGUGAGGAACAACAUGACGGCCAGCAUGUUUGACCUCUCCAUAAAGGACAAGCCCCGCUCGCCCUUCACCAAACUCAAGGACAAGAUGAAGGGCCGCAAGCACGACGGUGGUUUCUCCGACACCUCCUCAGCCAUCCUGCCCCGCUCCGCCAUGUGUGACUCGGAGACCCUUCGCCGGCCCAGUGCUCCGGACCAUCAGCCCCAGCCAGAGCCCAAGGUCAAGAGACCCUUACUGGCCGGCUCCCAUACGCUCUCUGCAGCCCACUCCAUGUCCGACCUCAUUGGCACCCACUUCCGCCCCAAGCUGGACUCUAUGAACUCCAUCGGGCAGCUGGGUAAGGACAGCAGCUUCCUCUAGUAUUAGGCCUAUUUUAGUAUUUUCUUGGAUUAGCCUACAUGUAUCGGAUGAGUACCCCUAAGGACCGAUCGUUUUUUUGCCUGUGAUUUAGAAUUGUUUCCAUGAAUAUUUCAGGUAUAUUGUUUGUGUUUGACAGAGAAAGGGAGUGGUGCUGCCCCUCACAGGCGCUCCCAGGGCGAGGUGCCAGGCUACCAGGACAACGAGGCGCACAGUGACCCUUUUACUGAUAUCAGCGACAGCCUGCCGCAGAAGUACGCCACCCUCCCACGCAACCGCAACCCUUUGGAGGGGGAGAAGGGCCAGCUGUGGGACCGAGGGGAGAAGAAGGAGAAGAAGGAGAAGGUCAGCCUGCUGGAACGUGUGACCGGGAAGAAGGAGGGACGCAAGACCCACAACGGGGGGUGUUCGGGCAGCUCUGGAGACCUGCGCACAACCAACCCCUUCAGCAGCGACUCUCAGGGCGACACCCAACCAACCAACCCCUUCCUCUCACACUACAAAGCAAGGUAACGCUUUUCACGUCCACACCACCAUGUUUGGUGUCCAAGCCAGGGUCAUGUUCAUUAAGCACCAAACGGAAGAAAAGGAACUGAAACGGGUAGGGACUACCUGGACUUAUCUAAUAAGAAACGCUAGAGAUAGAAAUAGUCCACAUAGAACAGCUCUACUGCUUCUUAGACUUGCUUUCAAUAAGAAUGCAGAUCUGUAACAUUUCUAUGUGAAUUUGGUAGGGUCCCCCAAAAAGUUACAUAAUGCAGCUUUUAACAGCGGCCAUCAUACACUACCUCUGUGGUCAUUUAGGUUUAAGGCAGAUGAUACGUGGUGGUUUAAACAAUGGUGGGCAGGUUAUUGGUAUUAUAACACUCAGCCACAGGUAAAUAUGAUUUGAUGUAUUUGCUGAUUUUGUAAUUCAGUGUGCAUGGAUGUUUUGCAGUGAUAAAAAUCCCACCACUAAUGAAGACAUCCGAAAGGCAAGCGAGAACCACGGCAAGAAACAUGUAAGAGAUCAUAAUUUACACACUUUUUUGUGAACUAAUCUCAAAGAAAAUGAAGGGGGGGGGGGGGGGGAAAACAAGAAGAAGAAAAGCAUAGGCCUAGUUUUUUGGGGAACUUGCUCUGAGGUUCAGAACACCAACUUUUAAUUGAGUAGCUCUCCCCGAUCUCGCUUGACAUUGCAGCUGGUGAUGUUGGUCUCUGAGCUGAUGUCUGUUCCGUCUUUGACACUUCACUAUGAGUGUCAUUAAACUAAUGAACAGCUGAAAACACUGGUCAUCAUCUCUGAUCGGCUCAUCAUUUGAAACAGUGUGAUGUUUCGGUCUCUAAGGUCAGGUGAAGUACUGGUACCGUAAUUGGAACACUUUUUUUUUUUAUUCAGGACAAAUCUGUAUGAAGUUGUCAUUGGUUUGAUGAGGGCGGGUUAUUUGCCACCUUAGUUUUGUCACUUUCUGCCCCCCCCCCCCCCCCCCCCAAAGAAAAAGAAAAAAAUAAGAAAGAACGCUCUCAUGGUGCUUAAUUCUAGUAGUUGCUGGCCAUUACACUGCAGAAUUAGUAUUAACAUGGUAAGAGAACAGCGUCCGAAGUGAUGUUGAAAUGAGAAGCGGAUGCAGAUAAUGGAUUUCCUCACCUCUCGUUGAGGAGUUGUCUUAACCACAUGUGCCCCUCCGUACACUGCACUAGCAGAAAUGAACUGGCAGUUCCAUUUCCUCUGCUUUCAGGCCCUAGCUAAUUAACCAGUCAGUGAGGGAGGAGGGGAGGAUAGUGAAAGAUUUAAGGACGGAUCUUUUAAAUACUCAAAGCAGGGCUCAUUAGAAGCAGUAAGAAUGCCAAGUGUGCUCGCCUUAUCUCCUCCUCACUACUGAUUGCGGAAUAAUUGUCAGUACUUUGGUAGUUGAUGGUCAUUUCCAGGCCUCUGUCACCAGCCACUACAGCUCCUGGCUGUAGCUUUAUAUAAUGUCUGGGGCUCUUUGGCAUGUGUGUAACGGACACAAUUGCUCGUACAGUAUAAUGAAACUGAGCUGGUAACUUGAUUUAUGUUUGGAAAGUCUCUCAGCGGAAUUGGUUGUCUUCAUGACUUGUCAGCUCUUCAAUUUCUCUGGAAGUGCAAAAGGCCUAUUUCUCAGUAUAAUUUAACUUUGUCUCCAAAAGCAUUUUCACUUCCACAGUAAGCAGUUGCUAAACCCCCAAUCACACCACCUGUUUUUCUCUGAUUAAAAACGUGAGGCACAUUACUUAGCUACUUUCAACUUUGGCUGCCCAGAAAACUACAGCAAAAUAACUUGAAGCGUAGCUACGAUGAAGGAGCGCAGCACACCUAGCAUGUCCACAUACCAUUGAAAACAGUGGAAAUAAAAGUGCUGGCAUGUUUAGUGUGAUCCCCGCCUUAGUCUUCUUUUGUUUGGACAUAGACUCUAUGGAUGGGACCCUCACAUUUUAGUUUAUUUGUUUCUCAUACUUGGAAGAGAUACAGUAACUGUGGUCCGGCACUUGGUCUUCUUCACAUCGUAGACACCGCACAGCGAUGGCAGCUUGGUUUGGGCACGGGGAAGGAGACUAAGUGAGGUAUUUAAAACAGGUUGAUGACUGUAUCUGCCUGGGGGACGAUGUCCAUUGUUGAAGCGAUAAUGUGGUACCUCAUUAAAAAAAGAUUACAGCUCCUCUUGUCCCCCCCGUAAUGGGAUCGGCACAGACUGUGAUGCACCCGGUCCUCUAAAGAACAAAUUCCUCCAAAAUAGUUUGGUUGCAUCUUUCUUUUCGUGUUCAUUAGUAUGACCUUUUGUUCCGUGAAUUCCGUAAAUAUGCGCUCUGUCGUUUCCAGUCAGCUUCCACAUUUUUUGUCUUAAUUACUGUUUUCUGCAUGGUUUAAUUUGAAUGUGAUGCUUUUGUCUACCAGCUGGUCAAGGUCUCUGUCUAGGCUGGUUUGGGAGGAGGAUAUGUGCUUUAAGAUUUAAAGAGGGAAUGGGGGUUGAAAGCUUUUUAUUUUCUAGAAACAGAUACUAAAACAUCACAUUCCUUGCCAUAGGAUUCCUGAUUGUUCGAGCCAUCUAUGAUUUUCUUAUUAACACUAUUGUGACUUGGGCAGAUCAAACACCUGAAAUGAAAUACAAUGGCAUUGACAGUGCUAACAAACCUGUGGAGUCACAGGCUCUCAAUUAGUCCUGAUUGCCACCAGGGUAUAAUGCAUUCACCAUGCAUUUUUCUAACACCUUUAAUUAGGCAGUUAGUCUGUCUGCCAUAAUAGGAGGGAUUCCCUGGCCUAGCCCACCUUCCAUCUUGCUUUAGCGCUAAUUUAUAUUUAGCUUUAUUUUUCUAUUCCUCAUCGAAAACAACUGUCUCUGUAAUUGUCUCAUAUCUCAAGACGCGUUUGGAGUAAUAUACUUUUUGUAAAUGGUGCUAUCAAUGUUGAACUCCUCAUAAUGUCUGUGGUUUGCACCCGCAGGAGACAAAGCAGAUGAGCGUGGCUUCCUAUAGCAACCUAUCUUUCGAUGAGGUGGUGCAUGAGCUCAUCAAGCAGAAGGAGGUGGUGAAAAAGAAGGACGCGCAUAUCCGUGAACUGGAAGACUACAUUGAUAACCUGCUGGUGCGCGUUAUGGAGGAGACGCCGAGCAUCCUACGGACACCCUACGAGCCCAAGAGGAAAGCGGGGAAAAUCUCCAAAAAGAAGUAGGGUCCAAAAGAUAGGGUCUUGUUACAGUUAUGUCCCAUCCUAGCCAUUUAAAAAUGUAUUGUGGGUAUAGAGCAAAAAAAAUGAAGAGAAGGGGAUUGACCCCCUUUAUAUCAUCAUUUUGAUUUGAUUUCUUUACAAACACUGUAUUGAUGCAGCUUAUACAGUUUUAUAUGUUUGGUAUGCUUUGAUUUGAGUUUACACCAGUUUCCCCAACAGAAAAUGAUUGGGGAGUGAAGUACUAUACCCGACUACAUAAAUAUCUGACAUUUGACUUGCAUUUUAGCUAACCCCAUGGCUGUCCCAUAAUGAUAGAUAGACUAACCUCUGAAUCAGUUGCUGUAGAGUGAUCCGCUCCUGCCUGACCGUUUUCCCAAGGUGGACACGUUUUCACAAUAGUGUAUACAAUAGACCUGUGCACUUUCGCACACAUAUAACAUGGGAAAAACACCGACAGCUUCUGAAGCGAUUGUGUGUACAUGGAACCACCAUCAAGCUCGAUUUGCAUUUCAACACUAAGG